AGCUAUUGAUAGCGAGUUUUGGCAGCGAUGACGAGUUUCGUUGCGCCCCUCAUCGUGGUGGCGUUCGUAUCUGCCGCCCUGGCCGUGGCUGGGCGGGGGGAGUACUGCGAGGGGACAGGCUGCGCAACAGACGGUAUGUGGGCACUAUGAGCGAGCUCUACGGUGCACACAUCACUCCCGGCCCACAUACCGCUGUCCGACCUGCAGGUGCCUCGUUCCUCGCCGGCACUGAGGAGAUUCAGACCAACAAGAAGACCAUGGCGGCCAAUAAGCACGGUGCGUCUGUAUGGAUCUGGAUGGACACAUGGAUGGAUGGAUGGAUGUCGUGUGUGUGUCCAUCUGCGUGUGCAUCUCUCUAUGUGUGUGUGCAUCUAUGUUGUGUGCAGUCGGCGCGUUGUCGAUGCUGCAGGAGAAGAUCCGGACCACCAAAGCCUUCAUCGAGUCGGCCAACACGCUGGCCCGCUCAUCCAGACAAUAA